AUGUCCUUCUCUUCCCUCGUGCAGGACAUCGCCUUCCGCGACUCACCGUCGCAAACAAAUGCACGGACAGGUGCCAGCAACGUCAGUAACAAUGACACUCAGUCUACCAUCUCCCGGCCGUCACAGGCUCGAUCCUACACUUCGACUGCCGCCACCAGUGUGAGCAUUGCGGGCGACAUCUCAAGCCAGCUUCAUGCCGGCUACAGCCAUCCACUUUCCAGAGCAUGGCAAGCGGAGAGACAGUUGACAAAGUCAAUGCUCAUCUACCCUCUCUUCAUAACCGACAACCCUGACGAAAUGACUCCCAUUCCAUCCCUCCCGAACCAAAGUCGCCUGGGCCUGAACAAACUCGUCCCUUUUCUCGCUCCUCUGGUCCAGAAGGGCUUGCGCUCUGUCAUUCUCUUUGGCGUACCUCUCGCUCCCGAUGCAAAAGAUGCCCUAGGCACAGCAGCCGAUGAUCCCGAAGGUCCCGUCAUAAAGGGCAUUCAACUCAUUCGUCGACACUUUCCUCAACUGUUUGUCGUGGCAGACGUUUGUCUCUGUGAGUACACUUCUCACGGCCACUGCGGAAUUCUCCGCGACGACGGCUCCCUGAACAACGCCAUGAGCGUUGAACGUAUUUCCGACGUCGCAAUGGCGUAUGCUCAUGCUGGCGCGCACUGCGUAGCGCCGUCGGACAUGAACGACGGACGCAUUCGCGCCAUCAAGCUCAAGCUCAUUGAGUCCGGGCUCUCGCAUCAAGUCAACCUGAUGAGUUACGCGGCUAAAUUCUCGGGCUGCUUGUAUGGGCCGUUUAGAGAUGCAGCGGGAUCGUGCCCAAGCUUUGGGGACCGGAAAUGCUACCAGCUGCCUCCUGGUGGCCGAGGACUGGCUCGCCGCGCCAUCCCCCGAGAUAUCCAAGAGGGCGCCGAUAUCAUUAUGGUGAAACCCGCCUCGUCCUUUCUAGAUAUCAUCUCAGAUGCCAAGGAGAUCGCGAAGGAUAUGCCCAUCGCGGCGUAUCAGGUGAGUGGAGAGUAUGCCAUGAUCCACGCUGGGGCCAAGGCGGGCGUGUUUGAUCUGAAAACCAUGGCCUUCGAGAGCACCGAAGGCAUCUUACGAGCUGGGGCGGGCAUCGUCGUGAGCUAUUUUACACCAGAGUUUUUGGAUUGGUUGAGCGCCUAA